CAAAUUCAACGAAUAAUGGGCCAGGUGUAGCUGAUACGGCCUUGCAGGGAGUAACCUAAACUUUUCCCUCUUUCUUCUUCUUCUUCUUCUUCUUCUUGCAGUUUCACCACUUCUCCCUUUUCAUUCGACUUCAGCCUCAGCUUCUCGAAUCCUUACGGUAUGGCUGAAGCGGAAUCAAAGCCUCUUGAUUACGUAUCAGAGAUAGUUCUGAAGAAACGGAAAAACAACGAGGACUGGGCAAUUAGAAGAAAAGAGCAGUUGGAACAACGGGUCAAGAGGUCAAAAAGUGAUCAUUUUGUUAUAAAGAAGCCCGAACAGUUUAUCAGAGAAUACCGCGAUAGGGAGUCUGAUCUUAUCAAAAUGAAAUAUCGGGCAAAACAACCGAUUAAAACAUCUGAUUUGUCCCGAUCGAAGCUCCUUUUCAUCAUGCGUAUUCAAGGUAAAAGCGACAUGCAUCCUCAGACAAGGAAACUUUUGUACGCUCUGAGACUGAGGCGAAUGUUCACCGGUGUUUUUGUUAAAGCAAACGACAGAAUAUUAGAUAUCUUACAAAAAGUUGAACCGUAUGUGACUUACGGGUAUCCGAAUCUCAAGAGUGUAAACGAGCUGAUAUACAAGAAGGGGCUGGCAAAAAUUAACAAGCAGAUAUACCCUUUGACAGAUAAUAACAUCAUUGAACAGGCACUUGGUGAGCACAAGAUUAUAUGCGUUGAAGAUAUCGUAAACGAGAUUGCAAAUGUAGGCCCACAUUUCAAGGAAGUUAGCAACGUUUUGUGUCCUUUUACUCUGAACAAGCCUGAGAAGGCGCUGCAGGGUAAGAAAAAACCGUUCAGGGAUGGGGGUGAUUCUGGGAACCGUGAAGAUCAAAUAAAUGAGUUGAUUAGUAAGAUGAACUGAUUAUAUGGUUCAGAUAUAAGAGAGAAGAAUAGUUUGAAUCUUGUGUGAACCAAAUUGAAUCCAACAGUAAAAGUAGUUCUUUAUUCUUUU